AUGAUUCCUACUCUGCAACCGUCGCAGCAGCUUUAACCAAAAUACAUAUUUGGAUUGAACAGUAAUCUACGAAAUAAUCUCUACUUCAUGGAUGAUGCUCGAAUCAUCUAUCCUGCAGGGUUUCAUAUAGUGUGCUACUCAUUAUAAGAUAAAAGCCAAAGUUAUUUCUAAGGAUUUGAACAUUAUAGAGGAUUCUCUUGUAUGACUCUCUCACCAAUGAAGAGAUUUCUAGCUGCAGGAGUUAAAGGAGAAAAACCUGCCAUUUAAAUUUACGAUACAAUGUCUUAAAAGAAAAAAAGAACAUUAAUCUAUCAUGAUGCUCCAGUUAAAGAAUGGGUAUCUGUUGCUUUUGGACCUAAUGCAGAAGCAAAAACUUUAAUUGGAUUGAGCGGAGGAGUUUCUGUGAAUGGAAGUCCUGUAGAUUCAUAUUUAUGUUACUUUCAAACUGAUACAAUGAAAUGUUUAGCUUCGGUAAAAGUGGCUUCUGGGAAUAAUGAAUGUUUAGAAGUAGCUUUUUAACCAAAUGAUGCUACAUUCAUCACUGUAAUAGGAAAAGGAAUUUUUAAAUCAUAUAAGAUGAUUCAAAAUGAAGGGGAAACAAAGAGUUACACUUUAAAAUAAGUAGCAGCAUCCCUACAGAAAGCCCCUACUGAAUUAUCAAAUAACUAUUGUUGUCAUUCAUGGAUGAUAUAACAUCCUGAUCAUUUGGUUGUAUGUACUUAAUUGGGUGAAGUAUUUCUUUGUGAUGAAAAUGCAGAAUAUGUUAAGUAUUUGAAGAAUCCUUAUCACUAAAAUAAAUAACCUUUUUUGAUUGAAGUGAUCUAGGCAAUGUAAUAAGGAUUUGCAAUAGGAGGAGAUAAUUCGACUAUUUAUAUAUAUAGCAAAGAAUAUGAAAAUAUAUAGAUGCUUCAUGUAAAAUCAAUAUCUGAUAUCAAAUGUUAAAUAAAAGGAAUAAGUUUUACUCCAAUAAGUGAAGAGACAAUAAUAGUGACUCUUUCAAGCAAUUUGAUUUAUAGUUUGAAACUAAAGACUGAAUAAUAUUUAGAAGAAUAAUAAUAAUUUGAAUUGGUUUCAUUGCCGUUCCAUUCAUGUCCUCCAGUAAGUUCAGGGAUUCCAAUAAAUGGGAUGGAUGUUUGUGUACGAAAACCUUUAAUAGUAACUUGUGGAGCAGAUAAAUAUAUUCGUAUUUGGAAUUAUGAGGAGAAAAGUAUGGAAGCAUAUAGAUUUUUUAAUGAAGAAGCAUAUUGUGUAAGUAUCCAUCCUUCAGGAUUUCAUAUAGUUGUAGGGUUGACAGAUAGAUUGAGAUUAAUGAAUGUUUGUGUUCAUAACAAUUAAAUAAAGCAUUAUAGAGAGAUAGGUUAAUUCAAAUAAUGUAAGGAAAUUAAAUUUUCAAAUGGAGGAUAGUAUUUCGCAGCAGUGAAUGCAGCAAAUACUACUUAACAUAUAAUUCAUAUAUAUAGAUUUUAUGUAGGAGAUAAUCCUGCAAAUUUAUAAUUCAAAGGGCAUAGUGGUAAGAUAAGAUGUAUAACUUGGAGUAGAGAUGAUACAAUUUUAGCAACUUGUGGUUAGGAUGGUUUAAUAUCUUUAUGGAAAGUAGGUGCUGAUACUACAGGAUAAAGAAUGCUUGAUAUUCAUGCAAAAGCUAAUGGGAAGAAUAUACCAUAAUCAAGUGUAGCUUUGACAUUUGAUACAAAAAUAGUUUAUGUUGUAGGAGAGGAUCGUCAUUUAAGAGAAUUUAAUUGUUAAGAGCCAACAGAAAAUAAAAGAAAUGUUGAAGCUACUCUUUCUUAAAUAUGUUUUUCGAGUAGUAAUAAAAUAUUGUUUGCUGGUGUUUGUGAUGAGAAUAGAUAUUCUGGAGCUGUUAGAUGUUAUAAAUAUCCUUUUGUUGGACCUUCUGCAGGAACUAAUGUUGAAUAUUAAGCACAUGAUGAAAGAGGUAUUGAAAAAAUGAAAAUUACUGCGGAUGAUUAAUAUCUCAUUACUGCUGGUAGAGAUGGAGCUAUUAUUGUUUUUGAAAUCAAAGAUAAAGAUGCAAGAGGAUAAAAAAAUAAAGAAGGAUAUCAAUAAAGAUAUGCUGAUGAUAUUAUUGUUACUAAAGAAGAUAAGGCUGAUCUUAAAACUACUAGAGAUAAUCUUAAAACUUAAUUAUAAGAUAUUACUGCUCCAUAAAAUGCUAUUAACAUUUCAUCAAAAGAAGAUUAAAUUAAAUAAUUAACUGAUAAAGAAUCUACUCUAAAGUAAUAAUAUAAAGUAGCUUAUGAUACUUUAAUUGAAAAAAAAAGAGAAACUGAAAAACAUAUUUAAGAAACCAGAAAAUAAAUUAUGGAAGAAUUUGAAGCUGAAAUUUAAGAAUUAGAAUAAAAUUAAUAAAGUAAAGUUAAUAAAGAAGCAGAAAAAUAUGAAAAAACAAAAAAUGAAAAAGAAAUUCAUUAAACUAAAUAUGAAAAGGAAAUUGGCAAAUUAUAAAGAGAACAUACUGACGAACUUAAAAAAUUAGAAAAAGAUUAUGAUGCUAGAUUAUUAGAAGAAAGGUAAUAGAGAGAAAGAAUGGAAAAAGAAUACAAUAAAGAAAAAGAAAAAUAUAGAGAUACUAUCGAAUAAAUUAGAAAAGAAACUAUUGGUGAAAUUGAAGCUCUUGAAGAAUAAAAUUAAUAAUAAAUUCUUUAAAAAACUGAUUAAGGUCUGAAGGCUAAAAGUGAAGUUAGCAUGACCAAGAAGAAAAUUUAAUCACUUUUAUAAGAGGAAGAAAAAUAAAAUGAAAAUCUUAAAGAUUAUAAUGAAUAAAAAAAAUAAUUAGAAGAACAAAAUUUGUAACUUAAAACUGCUAUUGAAGAAUAAUUAAAAUAAAUUUAAGAUAAGGAUAAAACUAUAGGAGAAAAAGAGAGAAAAAUAUAUGAAUUAAAAAAGAGAUCUCAAGAAUUAGAAAAAUUUAAGUUUGUUUUAGAUCACAAAAUUAAAGAACUUAAAAGAGAUACUGGACCUAGAGAUGAAGAAAUUAAUAGAAUGAAAGAAAAAACUAAUAUGAUGGAUUAAAAAUUAAAAAAUUUUGCUUAUUUAAAUAAUAAUUUAGGCAAUGUAGUUGAUGCUCUUGAUUAAGAAUUAAAAAUUAUGAAAACAAAUAUUAAAAAAUAAAGACAAUUAAUCUCAUUCUAAAAUGUAAGAAUAAAAAAAUUUAAAGAUUCUGUCUAUUAAGCUGUUUAAUUCAUUCAAAAUUAAGAAGAAUUAACUAAAAAAGCUCAGGAAAUCUUUAAAGAAUUCCAUAAAGACGAUGUCAAACCAUAAUAAGUUAAUGCUGAUAUUUUAGCAGAAUAUAAAAGUCAGAAGCAAUACUUAGAAAAAUCUGUUGAAGGAUUGAAAGCAAAUCUUCAAGCAGAUGAAGAAAUACAUAAAGCUGAAAACAUUAGAAUAAUGAGAGGAAAUGUUAAAUUAAUUAUCGAAAUCAAUAAUUUGAGAAAAAAAAUGAAGUAAAUUAAAUCAACUCAUAAUAAUUAAGAAUAAAAAGGAGAUAAAAAAAUGUCUCAAACAGGUAUUUUAUUAAUUAUAUAAAAUAGCCAACUCUGAUAUUUAAAAGGCAAAAUAAAGAGUUAUUUAAGAAAAAUAACUUAUAAUCGAAUAAUAACAAUUGGCUAAAGAUGCUUUGCUAAAUUAAAUUUAAGAAUUGGAAGCAGAACUUUCAAUAAUUGGAGAAUGA